AGCACAUGGGAGUGGCUUUGGAUCCUGUCAUAUCAUCAAAGCUCUGUGUAGAAGAAUGGCCACCAGACGUGCUCAUACUGAGGAUGACCUUUCCUGCCCAGUGUGUGGACAUAUUCUAAGUCAGCCUGUGGUGCUCACUUGCAGACACAAAUUCUGUAAAGCCUGUCUGAAGGACAGCUGGGACACACAAGACAGUGGGGAUUCACAUUCACACUACUGUCCUCUUUGCUGGCGCCGUUCCUCUAUGGAUCAAAUAGUCGUGAGCACUGUGCUCGAGAAGGCCUGUGAAUCCUUCAAGAAGGACAGAAGCAAGAAUGACCCAGAGGCUUGCAAAGAGCAUGGAGAAAAGCUCACACUCUUCUGUGUGGAAGACUUAGAGCCAAUUUGUGGUCUAUGUGGGAAAGCAGCUGCACACUCCGGGCACCGGCUUUAUGCCAUCGGGGAAGGUGCCCAUGACUGCAAGGAGGAACUAAAGAGUGCACUCUUACCAUUGAAAGAGAAAUUACAGCUGUACAAGAAGACAAAAAUGGUCUGUGAGGAAAUGGCAGAACAUGCCAAGAACCAAGCUGAACAGACUGAAACACAGAUCAAAGAGGAAUUUGAAGCCCUUCACCGUUUCCUUAAAGAGCAGGAGGCUGCCAGACUUUCUGAUUUAAAGGCUGAGGAGGAUCAGAAGAACUUAAUGAUUAACCAGACGAUUGAAGAGAUCAACGGUGAAAUGGCAUCUCUUUCCAACACCAUCAAAUUAGUUGAACAGGAGAUGUCAACUCAAGAUAUCCCAUUUCUUAAGAAAUACAAGGAAACAAUAAGGAGAACCUGGCAAAGUUCUCCCGAUCCACAAAUGGUAUCUAGUGCUCUGAUUGAUGUGGCCAAGCACUUGGGCUCUCUGAAAUAUAAAGUGUGGGAGAAGAUGAAGAGGAUAGUCAAAUACACUCCUGUGAUUCUGGAUCCGAACACAGCAGCUAGCUGCUUCAUCAUCUCCGAGGAUCUCACAGUUGUGCAGAACUCUACCCAGAUUUUCAAGCUCCCAGACAACCCAGAACGUUUUGACAUCAGUGCUGAGAUGCUGGCUGCUGAGGGCUAUUCCUCUGGACGCCAUAGUUGGGAUGUAGAGGUGAAUGACAACACCUACUGGGUGGUCGGGGUAGCCAGUGAGUCAAUCAACAGGAAGGGUAAACACAUUCUAACACCAGCAGAGGGAUUCUGGACUAUAAGGUUUCGCAAUGGAGAGCAUAAAGCCUGCACAGCACCGUGGGAGCCGCUCAACAUGACCAAUAAGCCAGAUGUGAUAAGAGUGGUUUUAGACAUGGACAGAGGCAAGGUGACCUUUUACGACCCUAGACAGAGAACACCCCUCUACACCUUCACAGAUGUUGUCACACCUAGAGCCUUUCCUUACUUUUGCACUGCUUGCAAAGAGCAUCCACUGAAAAUUCUACCCUCACGGAUAUCCUUAUCAACAGAACAGUAAAUCAACUUGAAGACAUUAUGAAAUUGUUCUGUAAACUCUGUGGCUCUUCAUAAUGAUCCAGGUUACAGUAGGAUAUUAAAGUAACCUUUAAUUGCUUUAAACAGACACAGAUUAAAAUCUUUCAUUUGAGUUAAAAAAUUUC